AAAGUACGGUACUCACCAGAAACGUUGUCAACACAUCAAAUCACUGUCGUUCUCGAAUACAUCAAUACAACAACCAGCAAUUCGUUCACGGCAUACUGAUGAUCAAUAUGCCUACCAUUCGAUGCUAUUUGAUUUUUCUGCUAUUUUUUACUGUCGAUCUUUUCGACGGUGCAUUCGCYUUUACAUCGAAUUUAUCAUCCUUGGCAUCUGCAGGAUCAAGAGUCCGCUCCGGCAUCGCGAGUCGUCGCCAUUUUUUGACGCUCUUCYCUAAAAAUUCGCCUACUGCUGGACCACGGACAUCGAUUUCGGAUGUGGGGUCAUUGUCGUCAUCCUCGUUGAUGGGAAUUUCCGAUGUGUUUGGGGCGAUCGAGUACARCGACUUGCUUUAUGACGAUACACAGACAGCCUUUGAUGGAUGGGAAUGGACCGCUAACAUGGGGGCCCCGGCGGCCCUUAUUGCUGCCGCCGUUUUGGUCACCUUCGGCGAAACCAGACGCGAUACCGUGCCUCUAAAGACCGACAAGCGAUGGGUUCGAUUUACAAAACGCAUGAUGCGAUUCCUUUUGAUGACAUCAUUUGCAUCCGAGGUUAUUUCCAUCUUCGUCGGCAACAUGCUCGGGAGUAUGCUCUUGGGACACGAGGCUCAAAAUAUCAUUAAGAAACGCAUUGGAUAUGGAGCUCCCUUGACACUUGUGCAUCACCACCACGAGUGAGUAUGUGUAAUAAAGUCAUCGAUUCGGYAAUCAAUCAACAGGGAGAUUGUGUAGUGUUUGUUUUAUUUCAUGAAGCUGCGAUUCAAUACUGACAUGCUGUUCAAAAUACAUUGYUUUUUCCACAUUCGUCUCUUCUUUACAAAAGACUUGAAUAUUUGCUGACCCAGAUAUCCUUCCUGCAGGGUCUUCUCCACUGGCUAGGUGCGGUCAUUUGUGAACUUAUUCUCCCCCAAAAGGGCGAAACGCCUAGUGCCAAACUCAUGAACAAGUGCUUGGCGAGCUGGUUGGUGACUCUCGUUCUUGCCAUCAUGUCGUUUUACAAUWCCCAUGUGAAUUUCUACUCGGGUUAUGGCAGCAUGAUUAMAAGGUUGAUCGUUCUACUUUUCGAACAAGAAAAGCAGUUCAGACCGUUGAGUUUGCUCUAUAURCCUUCGUUCGUGACUUCCAUUGUGUUGACGUGGCGGGCUUUUACGAAAACGUCGAAGGAAGAAUGAUCGCAAACACAAAUUUGUAUGAUAUCAUAAUAAAGUACRGUAMUGAUU